UUAACACAAAACAACCAGUAAAGCAUAUAUUUUACCUUCUUCACAGGGAUUUUCUGAAAAUUUCACCGGCGAGUGCACGUGCAUCCAUUUGAUUCGACGGUAGUUCAGUUCUCUUCCUCGUAACAUAAGACAGAAGUAGGUGCAGAAUAAAAAUUAUUAUAUAUGCAGACUUCAGCACAUAUGCCUAAGUUUGAGAUUGUGAGGCUUGAGGAAGCUCCUCGAGUAGUUGAGCGCCACAUUUUGGAUCUGAGAAAGAAAUAUGGAAACGUUCUAGCAGUAGAUCUUGUUAAUAAGCAUGGAGGUGAGGGUCGCUUGUGUGAAAAGUUUGCCAAUGCAAUGCAGCAUGUUGUCAGUGAUGAUGUGAGAUACCUGCACUUCGAUUUUCACCAAAUAUGCGGGCAUGUUCACUUCGAGCGCCUCUCUAUCCUAUAUGAUCAAAUUGAAAAUUUCCUCAUAAAGAAUCGGAUGGCAUCCUCUCAAGUUACAGGUGCCGCUAAGGUCCUCCUACUUCUUCAGGUGGAUUCCGAGAAAGAUGAGCUGACAAUUUUUACUUUUUUUUUUCUUUUAAAUACCAAGAUGCGACCGUCGAGAAAGACAAGAAAAAGAAAUCUCAGAAAGAAGGAUGCAACCUUCAACUACCAACCCUGCAGUUUUGAGGGAUUAGGUUGUAGUAGUCAUUCGUUAUUAUUGCUGCAAGUAUCUGGGGUGGAUAAUUGAAAUGACAAGAAUCAAUAAUUUCCAGAUCGAAUUCGGAGUA